GCUACCAUGGACAACCCGGUGGAGAGCCUCCAUAAAGAAGCCACUUGCUCCAUCUGCCUGGAAUAUUUCCGAGACCCGGUCUCCAUCCCUUGCGGGCACAGCUUCUGCCGGGCCUGCAUCACCCAGUGCUGGAAGGAACGGAAUACCAAUUUCUCCUGCCCGCAGUGCAGGGAAAUCGCCCUGCAGAGGAACUUCAGGCCCAACAGGGAGCUGGGAAAUGUGGUGGAGAUAACCAAGCGGCUGAGUGUGCACGCCGGGCGAGAGGGCGAAGGGGGGGAGGUGUGCGAGAAGCACCAGGAGGCGCUGAAGCUGUUCUGCAGCGAGGAGGAAAAUCUCAUCUGCUGUAUCUGCAGGGAGUCCCGCGCUCACAGGAGCCACUCUGUGUUCCCAAUAGAGGAAGCUGCCCAGGACUAUAAGAAAGAAAUCCAGAACCGUCUGAAGAACUUGAAGGAAGAGAAAGAGAAACUCUUGGAAUUAAAACUGGCUGGAGAACUUAGACAUCAGGAAUAUCUGAGGCGAACAGAAGCCGAGAGGCAGAAGGCUGUGUCUGAAUUUGAGCAGGUGCAUCAUUUUCUGGAGGAGCAGGAAAAACUCCUGCUGGCUCAGGUGAAUGAACUGGAGAAGGAGGUUGUGAAGCAUCAGAAGCAGCGUGGCGCAGCGUUCUCCGAUGAGAUUGUCUCCAUCAAUGCCCUGAUCAGCGAGGUAGAAGAAAAAUGUGAGCAGCCAGACAGUGAAUUCCUGCAGGAUAUCAGAAGCACCUUGGGCAGGUUUGAUAAGGAGCCGUUUCAGCCACCUGAAGAGAUGCCGCACAAGGUGGAAAAGAAGCUGGGUGAAUUCUCUGAGAAGACUAUCGCACUCACAGAAAUUUUGAAGAACCUCAAAGAUUCUCUGCCGUCCGAACUGGGAACAGAAUGGGUCAACGUAACCCUGGACACCGACACGGCAAACCCCCAAGUCAUCAUCUCCGAGGACCGGAAAAGUGCGAGAUGGGAUGUCACCCGGACUGACGUGCCACAUAACCCUAAGCGCUUCAAGUCCUCCUGCUGUGUGCUGGGCUGUGAAGGGUUUGCUUCCGGGAGGCAUUACUGGGAAGUCAACGUGGAGGACGGGGGCAUCUGGGCCGUAGGGGUGGCCAGAGGCUCUGUGAGGAGGAAGGUCGAGCUCAAACUGACCCCGGAGGAAGGCAUCUGGGCCCUGCAAGGGGACUUCGGUCAAUACCAGGCUCUCACUGCCCCUGUGACACCUCUGCCCCUCGUUUGCACUCCCAGAAAGAUCCGGGUAUCUCUGGACUACGAAAGGGGGCAGGUGGAGUUUUUUAAUGCCGAAACAAAGGACUUGGUCUUCAUUUUCCCCUCGGCUUCAUUCUCCGGCGAGAGAGUUUUCCCCUUUUUUAAGGUCUUGCUUGCCCAGCUGACGCUUGAUGGCUGAGCGGUACCUACCCAAGACCAUUUGCAGGAUGUUAGUUACCCCUUUAACACCCACCACAUUGUAUUCGAAAGCUGGAAGGGCCAAAGGGAGGAUUCUACCCAUCCUUUCAAUGCAUGCUGGCAAAUGAAGUGAGGGGAUCUGAUCCAUAUUAGUGCCUGUAAGUACAGAACCCCCAAAGUGGUGGUAGUUUACUCCAGAUUUAGUUUAAUGCCAGUCACAGCGGUGCAUUUUUUUGCAUGUGAUGUUAGACUUGGAUGAUGGUGCCAAAGUAGCCCUAUAGCUAGAAUGGACCUAAAACACUUGGCUUCAGUCAAAUAGCAGUUCGUACGGGGAGCAGAGUUCUUGUCAAGUUACUCAAUUCCACUCUUAUCAAAAAGUCAAUAUUGUAGCAAAGCCCUUGGCUUUUGCCAACCAAGGCGUUGCUGAAUCAUGACCAAAAAUAAGCUAAGUAGAAAUUAGUUGGUUUUUCAUCUGCUGCUGU